CUGCCUUAACUUCCAUCGCAGAAACCCGGAGGUACAUCAUGAACGGGAUUUCUGCUGAUUCCAAACAGGGGUUUGAUGCCGAUGUUUUGGGUUUUGCGGGAACAGGGGAAUCACCUACACAACCAGAAAAGUCUGGGGGAAAAAAUCGAGGCAGAAAAGGAAAGAAGACUAAGGAACGACCAAGAAUCUCAGUGAUUUCUACCAACUCCAGUGGAUCUGUCGUCAAAAUCCAAGAUGGCGCGACAUGUAUUGCAAGCAGUUCAAUACCCAAUUUGGUACCUGUGCAACUGGGAAAUGCCCCCGACCCUCCAGUCUUGUCGAUCCCCGACACAGCCGCUGAUAACGAAACAAUAUCUCGACUUUUGGGCGGCCAAGGAGCUGCUCUUUUGGAAUUGGGAAGCUCCGAUUGCGUGAACAUUGAUUUCAUCCAAGACAAUGUGGAUUAUUCGGACGGACCUGGGGUCGGAACCAUGCAAUCGCAGAGUUCAUCUUCUCCUACGGACGCGGGAGGCAGCGGUGCCCGCGAUGAAAUACACCCAGAACCGUCGGCAUCGCGAUCGGUGACCGAUCCGGUAGUUAAAGGGUCCAGCGGCAAUGAGGCCGCAAAAGCAUUAUUGGCCAGUUUAACUCCGCCUAAUCUUUGCACCAGAAUACCCACCUCAGCUCUUGAUUUAAGCAUGAAACAUCAGAAACUAUCGAAUAUAUCGGUGAGUGAAGUGCUUAGUAAUUUGAGUCAAGAAAUUAGAACAGCAAAAUCAAAGAAAGGUCUUCAUCAAGUUCACGCAAAUGAAACAUCUUCACUUUCAGGUUCAGCUAAUUCUGAAACAUUGCAGGUUGUUGAUUCAAACUCAAAACGAGUCUCAGCGGAAGAAAUAUCCAUGGAACAUCAACCAGUCAUGGCAGUGGACGCAGAGUUCACCGACCCCACUGGAGACAGUUUGCUCUUGAAUAUUGCACAAGUUAACAAAGCUAUCGCUGGAGCCGGAGGGAGUGAGCAAAGUCACGAUGCUGCUGCUGCUGACGGUGAGGCAAGCACCACCACACAGGCUACUGUGCCACAACCUCCCAACCCCCUCAUGUACAUCAUUACAAGUCGCGACAAAACCACGGGGAUGACCCAACGCUUUCGAGUGACGGUCGAUCCCGAAUCUGUCAUGUACAUCCCGGUCAUGAACAUCAAUGACGAAUCUUCCAGCACGGCCACUAACGAUGAGGUAUCGCUCAACUUCAUGCCAGUCGACGAAGCGAAAGACGGUGCGGAUGAGUCGGGACCGGCCCGUGCGGAAGUGGACAUCGCGAUCCGAGACGCGCUCCUCGGUGAGGGCAAUAUGACGUCCAUCCCAGGCGUCCUGGCCAAGGAGGAUUUGGGUGCGAUUACAGGAGACAUGAUCACUUCUGCUUUGAUGCUCCAAGAAAGACGGAAUGCAGAGUCUCCAAAAGACGAUAAGAUCGAUGGUGGUCAUCACGGUGCUGAAAACGAGACGACUGCUGAACAAUCUUGGACCAAGAAAACACCACUGAGAAAGAAAGAGGCGCAGGAGAUGAUAACAUGUGACUACCCGAGCUGCGGAGCAACCAUCAUUGGCAAGUCAAAGUACAGGAUUCAUAAACUGGGCCACAACGAUAACAGACCUCACAAGUGCCCUCAUGAGGAUUGUGAUUGGAGCUUCCCCUCACCCUACAAGCUCAGAAGACAUCUCUCUGGUCACAGCGGCGCUAAACCAUUCGUGUGUGGCAUGGAGAACUGCGGGAAGCAAUUCUCCACCAUCUACAACCUGAAGAUGCACCUGAACUCUCACUUUAGGCAGACGGUGGAGAUCUGUAACUUCAAGGGCUGCGGAAAGGUCUUCAACUCGGCACCACUCCUCAAGAUACACAAGCGCAAACACUUUGAAGAACAGAGACUCAAAUGUGAGUAUCCAGGCUGUACUAAGACCUUCACCACCUCCAGUGCGUUGGGUUCACACCAGAGAGUGCAUGUUAAAGAUGCCACGGACUACCCCUGCCCAUUCGAGGGAUGCACUAAGGUCUAUGACAAGGCAUGCAGGCUCAAGCUACACAUGCGUUCGCAUACCGGGGAAAGACCGUUCAAGUGCACGUUUGAGGGUUGUGACUGGGCAUUCACCUGCAUCCAGAAGCUGACCCGUCACAUCGUCCGGCAUACUGGUGAGAGGAAAUAUCGGUGCAAGUUUGAGAGCUGCAACAAACUCUUCACCCGACUAGAACAUCUCAAGUCUCAUGAGGUCUUUCACAGUGGACAGAAGCCUUUCGCUUGCAAGGAAGAAGGAUGCAACGCACGAUUUGCUGCCCGUAGCUCCUUGUAUAUGCAUCAGAAGAGACACCAGCAGGCCAAGCCCAUGAGAGAGAAGCUCCUCUUCAGCUGUCCAUUGGAUGGCUGUGACAUGAGCUUCGCCAGCAAGCUCGGCUUGAAGAGCCAUAUCGUCAAGGGACACGGGAUCCCUCUUCCAUUCACAGGAGGAGCGGGUGAUUUUGAGCUGAUAGGGCUGGGUAACGAUCAACUCCAUGCGUCUACUGGACCAAGCCACACAUCAGCUGCAGCAGUCACCGCUGAAAGCACAGAGUCUGCGAUACCCGCAAUCUCACUGCCUACCAUCCCCUCAGCUCUGAUGACUACAUCUCUCCUCCAGUCGGCUCUCAUCCCUACUUCAUCUGCAAGUAUACCGUUGAGUACUCUGACAAGCAGCCGAGACGAAGCAGCCUCCAUCUUAGCGUCCGGUCUCCUCACCAACCAAUUCUACAUCCCAAAGAGCUCUACAUCCAUCAACCUAACCACCACCACUACCACCACCACCACCAAAGACUCUGAGACGGAUGCCAUCCCACCGGUUACAGCUGCACCCGUCUCCAGCGCAUCCCUCCUCUCGUCUUUCUCCGUGCUCACUGCCAGCUCCGGGGGACUAUCCAUACCCCCUUCCUUGGCCACGCCCGUCCUCUCCAUCCUCCCACCGAAUUCAUCCUCCAACCCCUCCGCACCCUCCAUCAUCCUCCCCUCAUCUUCACUGGUAUCAUCGUCAUCGUCGGUGAAGGAGUCGCUACCAGUAUCUGCUCCCCCUACCACCACCACCACGGUCACGCCCUCGACCACGCCCAAGGUGUACCUGGAGAACAGGAGUGGCUCGGCAAGGACCGACUAUCGGGCGGUAACUGCCACACAUCCGCUGCCUCUCGAUGCUCUGGAGCGCUUGAAGAAGACAGAUGAUAUGGACGUAGAGUUGCUUUCUCAGAGCGAUUCCAGCCAAUCAAGUGAUGGUUCUCUCCAAGCUUCCUUUAUCCCUCUCAACAUGAUGACGAGUGCGUCGCUCACGCUGAGGGACCCUACCACAGGCACGAGAUACAUCCAAACACAACUCCUACAGGAUGACCCACCAGACAUGCCUGACAUGGGAUUCCCGCUCUCAUCACAUGACUCUGCCGACCAAUCACCUCUCGACACGGCCCUCUCGGUAUCGGCCAUGCUGGUGGAGACUGGUAGCGACCACAACUCGGAUUCAGACUUCAUGACAGGCGAUGGUGUCAUUCCCGGAGAUAUGGUCUCAGGCUUCAGGGAAAGCACCAUCAACUUACAAGAUUUAGAAUGAGAUCUUAUUUUGUUAUCUUGUUGAGACUGGUAAAUGUCACUUCUCAGACAAGGAUUUUGUGAUGAGCUAUGGUGUCAUUCCCAGAGAUAUGGUCUCGGGCUUCAGGGAGAGCACCAUCAACUUACAAGAUUUAGAAUGAAAUGUUUUAUCUUGUUGAGACUGGUAAAUGUCAAAUCUUAGACAAAGAUCUUGUGAUGAACUAUGGUGUAAUUCCCAGAGAUAUGGUCUCGGGCUUCAGGGAAAGCACCAUCCAUUUACGAGAUUUAAAAUGACAUGUUAUUUUGAUAUAUUGUUAAGACUGGUAAAUGUCACAUCUCGGAAAAGGAUUUUGUGAUGAGCUAUGGUGUUAUUCCCGGAUAUAUGGUCUCUGGCUUCAGGGAAAGCAUCAUCGCUUUAAAAGAUUUAGAGUGAAAUCUGUUAUCUUGUUGAAACUGGUAAAUGUCACAUCUCAGAGCUCAGUAAUGGUGCAUUUGGUCAGCAUUUCCUGAAAAAGUACACUUUUUUAUAUGUAAUUUCAAAAUUUGGAAGCACGAAACAAUUUCAGCGCACUUGGUAUUUUGGCAGUAUUUUGUAGACCUACAUGUAUGUUUUUCCGAUAUUUUAGUUGUAGUAGUUUUUAUUCAUAUAUACAACCAUUGCUAAUGGUCUCAUUUCGAUCUCCAGUAACUUUAAAACAGAGUAAAGCUAUUACAACGAUUCGUAGAAGAUUCAAUAACAGGGUUUGCUUAAUUACCAUGCCAAGUAUUUAGGACAAUCUGAUUAUCCCUUCAUAGCAAUUUCUAUAGAGUUGUACUCCUUCUUUUGGCACCUUGGGAGUGCUAAUAUAGACUAAGACUUUAAACACCUUUUUCUCUAAAGUAACUUUCUUCUCCUUUUUUAAAUUGGGUCAGGGACAUCCAAUUGUGACGAGAAAUAUACCUUUUAAGGCCGAGAAUCUCCUCUUUCAGAAUCGUCCACAAACUUUAAAAUUCUUUUCUGGCGACUAUUUGAUGUUUUUUUUGGGUGCAGGGUCAAAUAGGGAAUGAAAUUGUCUAAUAGUCUUUGUAAUCUCUCAAUUAUGCUGAGCGAGACUGGUAAUGAUCACGACUCCAUACAAACUCCUGCAUCCAGUGAUGCAAAAGCUCCAUAGAUAUGGUAACAGGCUCUUGAAGUAAGAAGUGCAAUUCUUUUAAAUCUUACUCCAUAUACCUGAGCAUGCAGUUCAGAGAUGUUGCGGUCUAGUGAAAACGUGGCUAAACUGUGAAUUUCAUGGUUCACGGUUCGAGUUCCUCUGCGAUGUUAAUGCCAUUUGGCAAGAAAUUAAUGCCCUUUGAUAUGCAUUUGUUACUCUCCACCCAAGUGUAGUGAAGGGAGACCUUGGCCCAGUUGCAUAAAAGUUGCCAUUGAUGGUAACUUUGCCAUCAUGUCAACUACCAUGGUAACAGGGCUCACCAGCCAAUCAAAAUCAAGGUUUCCAUGGUAGUUACCACUGAUGGCAAAGGUACCACCAAUGGUAAGUUUUGUGCAAACAAGGUGUAGUAUUUAUUAUAAGUAUUCAUAUCGAGAGUGCUAGUGAUCCAUACACUAAUUCUUUUAAGCUGCAAUUGUAUAAUUUCAGAAGAUCUGUUCUCAAUCUGUACAGAUAGUAAUAAUAGCACACUUAUAGCGCAUGACAAAAUAUGUCCCCAUUUGCCAUAAUGGAGAAGAACAGAGAAAAAGAAAAUGAAUAUUCAGAAGGUGAGGUAUACGAUCAGUAUAAUUUCUGAAGUUAUUAUUAGCAUUGCAAAUGGCUUUCAAGAUUAAAAGUUUAAGAUUUGUUAGAUUGCUGUCAUCACAUGUAUGCAUCCUACCCACAAUUGGUCUGAUGGUAUUGAUCGCCGGGCCCCAGUCAUCUUUAAUACACUUGACCUGCUCCUUUUGUGCAGUUUUCUUUCUAGAUGGGUAGUAACUUUUUGUUCAAUGAUGUCAGUUAAUUAUUGACCUUUUGUCUCGCUACAGAACACUACCGGUAUUCACUUCAUCCUAUAUAGGAGUAGAAUUACAAUAAUAAACAGAAGAAAUUGCUCUCAUUGGUGGUGUCUCAAGAAAAUUUGUGUAAGAGGGAAAGAUUGGUCCUGUUUUGUAAAAAACUUGUUAUCGAUAACAUCUGCCACAGAUCUGUGACAUAUAUGCUUACAGCCAAUCAGUGCAAUUAAUUUCAGUAUCUCAUUAAACAAUCAUUGCAUCUUGUUAUUGAUAACCAGUUUUAUGAAACAGUGUCAAGAAUGAAGAUCUUUAAGAGCAUCUCUGGUUUGCCUCUCUACACCAAGGGUGCGGUAGAUAGUCAGAAGGAUAGUCGAAAGGAUAGUCGGAAGGAUAGUCGGAAGGAUAGUCGGAAGGAUAGUCGGAAGGAUAGUCAGAAGGAUAGUCGGAAGGAUAGUCAGAAUGACAAGAUGUAAUUCCUUGAAAUGCUAGAUCACUGCAAUUGCAACCGUGCUAAAGGACAUAUAAUUUAAAUCACAUUUAUUCAUUAAUUCCUCAGUUUUGUUGUAAAUCAUUGCAUUCUUGCCACUUUGAUGAACUACGUACACACAGUAUUUAUUUUUGUUGAAAGAGAUUAUUUUUAGUAUGAAUUCUUGACCAUCACUUGUAAUUCUAAAUUACUUAUGCUCAUGCGACAACCCUCGUAGUCUUGUUGUGUUAUGUACAAGUGUAAUAUGAGAUUAAUUCUGUACAAUAAAAUUUUCCUUGAAAAUGUA